CUCAACGUGGUCAUUCUAUCAAAAUUUGCCAAAAAAAAAUUGUUUUUAUUUAGCAAGCCAUUAAGUAAGUUCUUUUGUCAAUGCCACCGAAUGAGCCAAUAGAAGUUCGUCUAAGCAAGAAGUUGUCCUGGCUGUUGCGGCAUGGGGCCAAGAAGGAGGGCAUUCCCAUCCAGGCAGACGGUUUCGUUAAUGUGUCCGACCUGGCAAAUCAUCCAAGAUUUAAAUGCUUUACUCUGGAGAAACUGCAGCAGAUGACAGCCUCGGAUGCCAAGCAGAGAUAUACCCUGCGCUGGAAUCAAGAAAAAUCCAUCCACGAGAUACGCGCCAAUCAAGGUCACUCCUUGGCUGUGUUGGAAGGCGAUUCUGAAGGUCUGGAAAGGAUUACGCACCCCAGUCAAGCCCCCCAGGCAGUCCAUGGAACGUAUUACAGAAAUUGGGAUAGAAUUAAAUCUCAAGGAUUGAAAAAAAUGAAUCGUAACCAUGUGCACUUUGCCAGUAGCGAUACAAUCAACUCCAUAUUGAGUGGCUUUAGAAGUGAUUGCCAGAUUCUCAUAUACCUCAAUGUGGAAAAGAUCCUUACAGAUAAAAUUCCCCUCUUUUUAUCCAGCAAUAAAGUUAUCUUAUGUUCUGGAAUUGAAGGUGCAAUACCACCUAAAUAUUUCCUACGUGCCGUGGACAGGAAAACUGGGAAUGCUUUGAUACUAUAAUCUAAUUUUGUUGACUUUGUUACUGAAUAAACUUUGCUCCAUAAGAGAUCCAAUUGACCGUUUGUCUACCUAUUAUUUUUGCAGAAAUGCCGGCCCUCGCCUCGGAGAAAACUCAAC